ACUUUUAAACUCUUCAAAAUUGCCUAAAAUGUAGUUUCAAAGAAUGUGAAUAUUUUAAGCUUAGUUAUGCUCGAUUUUAAAUUCUAUCUUAAAUUCAAUUUACAAACUGCAAAAGUUCUUAGUUGUUCGAAAACGGAAAAUGGAAAACAAUUAGAAUAUUUAAUAAGCCACUCGGCUUAAAAGCUCCUACGAAACACUCUCGUGCUGUACGAUUAUGUUAUCUGGACCAGGUUUCCUCCAGCUCUAAAUCUGAAUCUGUCUCUGAAACUCAAUCAGAAUCAAAAUCUGAAUACGAGAGCUACUUCUCACUCUCCCGGUAAUCAUCGGGCCUAACUCACCCAUUAUUCUCGAUCACAGCCGCAGUCUCAUUCGUUCCGUCGCUUGCUACUGUCCCAACGUCUCCGUCGUCGCCAGCCGCUAUAUCUGAUCGAUCCGGUCCAGCAUGGGAAGUUUUCCAGCUGUACUUGUUGUUGGCGCCUGCCUACUGCUGCUGGCAUUGGGCACGAGUGCUCAACAACUGAACUGCGUGUCCAAGCUGCAGAAUGGCAGGAUCACAGGCCACUGCAUCUCGAUCCGGGAGUGUGACUACUUUAUGCGCAUCCUGACCUCCGGGAAUCCGACCCAAAGCGACCGUAACCUGCUCCGGGAGAACCAGUGCGGUCAAAAGGGCAGGGAUGUUUUGGUCUGCUGUCCCAGUACCGCCGGUUUGGGGGCCUUGACGCAUCCCCUGCUACCCACUGAUUGUGGCACAGCUCGGUGGCAACGUUCCAACGACACUGAAACGCGGAUCAGGGAGUUUCCCUGGCUGGCUCUCAUCGAGUAUACAAAGGCAUCCAACGAGGAGAAGCUCCACGGCUGUGGAGGAGUGCUUAUCAGCGAGCGAUAUGUGCUGACUGCUGCCCACUGUGUGGUGCAAGCCAUGACAAAUAAUCUGAGGAUUUCGGCGGUGCGUCUGGGUGAAUGGGAUACCAGCACGAAUCCAGACUGCCAGUUCCACGAAGACACCCAAAAGGCCGACUGUGCUCCGGCUUACCAGGACAUUGGAGUGGAGGAGACGCUUCCACAUCCCCUGUACAAUAGCUCCAACCUUAGUCAGGCCAACGAUAUAGCUAUCAUUCGCCUAGAGACUCCGGCCAAGCUCAAUGACUUUGUGGUGCCGAUCUGUCUGCCCAACAAACAGCUGCGAGCGGAUGAGCUGGAGGGUCUCGUCACGGAGCAGGCUGGUUGGCUGGCCAAAUCGUCGCCGCGCAUGCGCAAGAACUUUGUGACCAUUAGUUCUAUCGCGGACUGUCACCUCAAGUACUCGGCCCAUAAGCUGAGCAUUCAGAGUUCACAGCUCUGCGGUUUCGUUAGUUCGAAGGAGUGCCACGGUAACUCCGGAGGACCGUUGAUGCUCUUCAAAAACGAUGCCUAUCUUCUAGGCGGAUUGGUGUCCUUCGGACCAGUACCAUGUCCGAAUCCUGACUGGCCGGAUGUCUACACAAGGGUUGCCUCCUUCAUUGACUGGAUUCACAACAGCUUGAGGGAAUAAUUAAGCAAUCCAAGUUCUUUUGUGUUUAAUAU